AUGGCUGCUCGAAACAACUCUGUCGCUAGCCAGAGUGCCAACAUCCAUCAGCGAGCCAAUCAGGUCGCUAGUCAAGUCGAGGCUGAGCAAGGCUGGCUGGAGAGCAAGCUGAAGCCCAAGAAGAUCACUGCCAGAUACCCCAUCAAGGGGAAGGCCUUACUGUUUGCAACAUGCGGGUUUGGCAGUCUUGGUGAUGCUCUUUUUGGCUACAACUCCGGUAUUAUGUCUGGUCUACUCGUCAACCCAGUCUUCGUGAAGCGCUUCUUCAGCCAGUAUGGCGGUGCCGACGGUAGCACAGCCGCUGUCAAUCCCUCUAUCACUGGCAUCUCUGUUGCCUGCCUGCAAGCUUCCGCUGCUGUAGGUGCUCUCAUCGCGGGUCGACUUGGCGAUAUGAUUGGCCGCAAGAGGACUGUUCGCCUCGGCGGAAUCAUCUACUUCUUCAGCGCUUUUAUCCAAAUCUUUGCUCCCGGCUUCGCUACCUUCGUCGCUGGUCGUACGAUUCAAGGCUUGGGUGUGGGCUUCCUUUCCAUGACCGUCCCUAUAAUUCAAACUGAGAUUGCAGCCCCGCAUGCUAGAGGUCUGAUGGUGGGCAUCGAGUACACCUGUCUGAUUGCUGGGUACAUGUUGUCCUGCUGGGUCGAUUACGGCUUUCACUUCAUGCUCCCGGAUGCCAUGUCUUGGCAAGGCCCGUUCAUCAUCCAGAUCCUACUAUCGCUAAUCUUGGUGGUCAUGUCUUUCUUCCUUCCGGAGACACCGAGAUGGCUCGCCAAAAACGGCUUCAUGGAGGAGAGUCUUCAAACAGUGGCAGAUCUGCAUUCCGGCGGCGACACUGAGGCUGAACAUGUCCAGAAAGUAUUCUUGGAGAUUCAAGAAGCGGUUGUAUACGAGGCUGAGUUGGGCAAGGCCGGCUGGAUGGAAAUGUUCACGCGCUACCGCAAGCGCACCAUCGUCGGCAUCACUGUUCAGAUGUUUGCUCAGCUUAACGGCAUUAACAUCAUUUCUUUCUAUCUGCCCAGCACAUUAGCCUCCGCUGGCUUCGACGACAAGAAAUCGCUUCUCUACACUGCUGCAAAUGCACUUCCUUACACUGCAGCUACGGUUGCCACCUGGUGGUUAGCAGAUCGAUGGGGUCGCAAGCCUCUCCUCAUUCUUGGCGGCGUCUCAAUGGCAGUCCUCCUCGGCGUCGUCUGCGCCUUCACCGAAGCGAACAUGCCAAUCACGACCCGCGCCAAUGGUCAGUACGCAUUCAUCAUGUUAUACAACAUUCUAUACGGCUUUACGUGGGGCCCAAUGCCGUGGUUAUUACCGGCAGAAAUCUUCCCACUUCGAGGGCGUAGCAAGGGUAUGGCGCUUGCUACUACGUCGAACUGGAUAUUCAAUUUCCUCAUUGGUAUGGUUUCUCCUGAUGCUUUCGCCAGUAUUGGUGGGUACUUUUACCUUGUCAUUGCGGGGUUCUGUCUCUUCUCGGCUGGGUUGGCGCACUUCUACUAUGUUGAGACAGCGAAUCAUAGCUUGGAGGAGAUUGCGAUUGCCUUUGGCGAAAAGGCGUUUGCGGAUAGCGAUGAUGAGGUCAUGGAGACUGUCACGGCGGGCGAUGAGAAACACGACAGAGUCUAG